AUGAGACCUUCACCACCAAAGCCGUGGGAAAAAGGAGCAACUGGAGGAGUAGGAGCAGGUAGUAGUAGUAUGGUUGGCUCAUCGCCAUUGCCACCAACUACUUCAACUACAUCAACGACACAAACAAAUUCGAUACAUACUGGCGGUGGCCCUGGACAGUCACGGCUCACUAGAUCGGGAUCACCCAAUGGAACCACCUCGAAUCAGUUGACGACGCGUCCAAGGACCCCACAGCGACCGUGGGACACAGGCUACUCAUCAGGCGCAGGUGAAUACGGGGGCAUGUCAUCAACGUCGUCCCGCUACGGCGGUGCGUUUGGCAGCUCCUACGGCGAUAGCUACGGAGGCAGCGGCAGUCUGUAUGGCGGCGGUGGCGGUGGCUACGGCAGCUCAUAUGGAAGCUCAGGCUACGGAGGCUAUGGCAGUUCGUACGGUGGCGGCGGCUAUGGAAGCAGCAGCAGCCUAUAUGGAGGUGGCGGCUAUGGCAGCUCAUACGGUGGCGGCGGCUAUGGCGGCUAUGGUAGCUCAUAUGGCAGCUCGUACGGCGGUGGCUAUGGAGGAUAUGGAGGCGGCUACGGCGGAGGCUAUGGAGGCUAUGGAGGCCGAGAUGGAGAGAUGUCCAAGAAUCCCAAUGGCUCAUGGAUGGAGACCCUACAUUCAAUUGUCGAUACAUUCUCAAGGUUCUCAUUCCUACUCAAUUCAAACUUUGAUGCAGUCCGUGUUUCAUUUACAUCUGUUAUAAGACUGUGUCAAAGCAUGAGCCAUUUCAGCAAUGAGGUAUUCCUGAUGCUCAAGACGUUUACAUUCUUCAGACUGUUCCAGUCAGUUUCAAACAAACUGAUCAAGUUGGUCAGGAUAAUGCUUGGCAAACCAAAUAUAGAUACGACAAAGAUAGUGGAUGGAUUGGAUGUCAAUGACUUCCAAAAGUUUGAGAAGAAACAGGGACCUCCAAGUAUUACAACAUUUGUUGUGAUUAUUGCCAUUACAUUCAUUGGAAUACCGAUGCUCAUUGGCCAGAUGAUAAACUUCUCGAGACGUAAACGAGGAGAGGCCACUCAGCUGGAUAAGAGCUGGGAUGACGUGACAAGGGUGCGAGCCAUCGCCGACUUUGACUCGGAGACUCCACGCGACCUCCCACUCCGUGAGGGAGACAUCAUCAAUGUCAUUGGCAAGCCACACCAGGAGUGGUGGGAGGGCGAGUUGAACGGCCGGACUGGACUGUUCCCAGCCAACUAUGUACAAAUAAUUGAUCAAUCAAAUAGCAGUAGCAGCAACACCAACAAUACCAGUAGCCUAGGUUUCGAUGACAAUCAACAACAAGAACAACAACAACAUACAGCAACGACGCAACAACAACAACAACAACAACAACAAUAUCAACCAUCACAAAAAUACGCAACAUAUCAAUCAAGACAAUUUAAUAAUAAUUAUAGCAAUAUGAAUGGAGUCAGUGGAAGCAGUAGCAGACAACGAAUGUAUUCACCAUCGAAAGAACAGCAACAACAAUAUCAAUAUCAACAACAGCAGCAGAGGCUGGGAUCGCCAUCCAAGGACAACAAUCCAUCUUUUCAUCAAGAUGGAGCAUCAACCUAUCAAUCAAAC